GGACAAUUGUGCAAAAGAGUAAUACACAAAUGUGCAUCAACAUGAGGUAGAAAAUCCCUCGGCUUAUCGAUAAGACGCUCAAGGAUUCCGCUCUGCCAAUUUCGACCCCAAAACAUAGGACAUGGCAUCAAUCCAAUCUGCGCCAGUAUCCUUACCCCGCGUUGCUAUCACAUACUGCACGCAAUGUCGGUGGAUGUUGAGGGCAGCAUAUUUCGGUCAAGAACUCCUAUCAACGUUCAGUACACAGAUCGGCGAAAUAGCUCUGAUACCAGCAACCGGUGGGCUGUUCCAAGUGGAGCUGACAUACACGCCACCUGAAUCGGCUCAAGAGGGCCAAGAUGUCAACGUGAAGAAGGUGCUGCUCUGGGAUCGAAAAGAGAAAGGAGGCUUCCCAGAGACGAAAGUGCUGAAGCAACUCGUAAGGGAUCACAUAGACCCCAGCAAAGAUCUAGGUCAUUCGGACAAGUAUGGGAAGAAGAAAGAAGAGAAACCAAGUCAAGAAGAACCGAAAGGUGGGUCAGAAGGGCAGAGUGUCCUGACCGAAGACGCACAGGUCAAGAAGAACCCAGACGGAUCAGUAUGCGAAGAUUGCAGAUGAAUUUCCUUCCAGUGGAAGGAUAGGAAUCUUGUAUGAAGUAAGCUGAAACGUUCUCCACAAGGCUAC